CUUUCACUUUCAUUUUGAGUUAGGCUACCAUCGGGACAACACCCCAAUUCUCCAUAGAACCUGCGUUCAUUUUUUAGAGGAAAAGUGGUGAAAAUGAAGGUCUCUGUAUUACUCGGACUGUGUGCACUCUUCCUGUCUGCUGGUUCCAGUGAUGGUGAAGAAGUAGUGUCUGUGUCUGUGGAGGGAGAUCCAGUCACUUUAAACACUGAUGUGACAUUAACCCCACAACAAAUAAUAAAAUGGUACUUUGAUAACACUCGCAUCGCUCAGAUAAUUGGAGAACAGGGUGAGAUCUGUACAGAUGAGUGUCCUGAGACACUCAGAGACAGACUGAAUCUGGAUCAUCAGACUGGAUCUCUGACCAUCAUGAACACCAGAACCACAGACUCUGGACUCUAUCGACUACAGAUCAUCAGCAACAGCAUCAGUGAAAAGAUCUUUAAUGUUACUGUCACUGGUGCGUCUGGUGCGGAUAGAGACGAGUGUGUGAUGGGGGGAGAUUCAGUAACUCUAAACACUGAUAUAAAAACAAACCAAAAUGACAGAAUUAAAUGGUUUUAUGGUGACACUCGCAUCGCUCAAAUCACUGGAGAUCUCAUCUGUACAGAUGUUGAGUGUAAUGAAGAUACUGAGAGAUUCAGAGACAGACUGAAGCUGGAUCAUCAGACUGGAUCUCUGACCAUCAGAAACUUCAGAAACACAGAUGCUGGAGAAUAUAAACUACAGAUCAUCAGCAGCAGCAGCAGCAGUGUAAAGAGCUUCAGUGUUACUGUCUGUGAUGUUCCUGCUGCUGAACGAGAAGAAGUGACAAAGUCAGUGAAGGAGGGAGAAUCUGUCACUUUGGAUCCUGCCGUAGGAAGAAUAGCAUAUAAUGUGAUGACGUGGUAUUUUAACGAGAUUGUCGUCUCUGAAUUAAAUGGCAAUCAGAGUAAGAUCUGUUCAGAUGUUAAGUGUAAAGAGAGAUUCAGAGACAGACUGCAUCUGGAUCCUCAGACUGGAUCUCUGACCAUCACAAACACCAGAACCACAGACUCUGGAGAAUAUACACUACAGAUCAGGAGCAGCAGCUUCAGCAUUCACCGUCGUCGUCGUCGCCGCAGCAUCAUCAUCACGAGUACUAAAAUAUUCAAUGUUUCAGUCAUUGAUUCAAGUUUGUCUUCUGGUGCUAUAGCUGGAAUAGUUAUUGCUGUUCUGUGUGUGGCUGCUGCUGCUGUUGGUGCUGUGAUUUACUGUCGUAAAAAACCACAUGAAGAUCCUGUAGAAGUCACACAAUUCAGGAAUACGUCUAAUGGGGCGCCACCUAAUCCAUCUGAGACUGAAUCCUCAUUCAUGCUACCAACACACAGCCAAGUCACAUGAUCCUGUUCAGUUUCAGUUUAGAGCUGCCAACUGCUGGUGACACGAGUAACGACAACAUUGAACAAAUGAGCACCAACUUUCAGAAGCAACUAUUAGCAGUGAAGCACAUGAUUCAUCUCUUGCCAGAAACCUCAGUGUGUCAGCAAGAUGGAGUCAAUCAUUCAAUGUAUCUACUCCAGCCGUUUGUUGGGGAAAUAUUUUCUCCUUUUUAAAUCAAACUGAGUUCUCUCCAGCCAGAUGUACCUCUAGAAACUGACCUUAUUCUACCACAGCUCCUGCUCAAACUGAUGGUUUUCAGAAUAAGAUGAGGUGCGUCUGUGGCCUCUGGACCCUUAUUGGGACUUGUUUUUUUGUUGGACUCCAUGGCAAAGGAUAUGCGCCUCGUGCACUGAUUCCAUUGAAAUAUGAUCACCAAAGACUGUCAGCCAUAAAUCAACAUCAACACAUCAUCAUUGUUUACAAAGAUAUGAGAAAGGAGAGAAGAGGAUCAGCUGAAACUAAUUGGCUGAAACUAAGAUCGCUCACAGAGAAA